AGAGACAUCGAGGUAACCGGCCGGUCGAUCUCUGACGCUCGCGCCGUUUCUCGCGAUUCCUCGACGGUGUGCUCGAGCGAGCAUUUCGAUCGCGUUUGAUCGCAAACUACAAUUGCGACGGAAACGAUGAAUAUCGAAUUGUUUACGCAUCGGUAUUUCGCAAUCAGAGCGGAAACUUACGGAGGAUAAACAAUCGGUACGCAGAUUAUGUUCGUGCCGGGCGGACCGUAUCGUCGGUAUAUCUACUGAAUGAACAAACGCGACACUGGUCGUUUCUACUGGAAACCCGUGUCUGACUACGACUGAAUAUUCCACUUGUAAACCUCGUCAGGUCGCGUAUAGAUUUCCGAUGUGGAAUUUCGCGUUCUAUCACAAAGAUUAAACAACAGAUAUCCGAUCGAGAAUACCACACGUGCAAGCACAAGAUAAUGGUUUCGUCCGCGAUAUUCGGCGCUGCAGCCGGCACGGGAUUAGCCCUGGUGGUGGCCAUGACGAUUGUAGUCUAUCGGUACUACGCUGUGAAGCAGAAGGGAAAGUGGAAUUGGAGCAACCUAGAUCGCUGGCCCGAUCCACCGACCAUCAGGAACAGCAUCACCGAUGGCCAGCUUCAUCACCACCACAGCCACACGGCAUCGGCGUCUCACGUGCUGGACUGUUGGAGAAAGCCUCAGAAGAGUUAUUACGCCGUGCAAACCGGGGAAUUUAACAUUGCAAAGGAGCAGCAUGCCGUGCAGCCGUCGACAUCUGAAUCGGGGUUGCCUCAUCAAAGUCGCAGUUACCCUGGCGGCGGUAGCGGCGGAAGUGGCGGUCGAACAUUGGCGAGAAACUCAUCUGUCAGCUCUCAAAGCUCACUGGAGGGUGCAUCCUGCUCCUCGAGUCAUCGCGGAUCAUCGCCUCAAAUCAGGGCGUUCGGUCCAGACGGACGACAUCAUGUUCGACACGAUCCCUUACACGCCGCCUCUUCGUAUCCACCCAGCAGGAACUCGAGCUUCGGAACUUGCCACAGGUCUCCCUCACCAGCUAGGGCGGCGUCCUUGGAUGCACGUUGUGGAAGUCCUGCCAGUUACUCGAGCAGCCUGCAUAGUGGAAAUGCGUCGCCUUCGCAGACCUCUUUGUCAUCAGUAGCAACGGGCGUGAGCUCUACGUGCGUAUGUUCGCCAAUAAAUGCCGUUCAAGGCACUUCGAGACAAGCCAGUCGUUGCUUGUCGCCUCUUCUCAUCCCGCCGCCACGUGCUUCCAUAAGCAAUGGUGGCCCCAUACCACCCGCUUCUCCGCUUGGUUCCCUACAACCGGAUCUCUACCAAAAACAAGACAGCAAAGUCUUUCUCAGCGCCCGCAGGACAGGGAAACACUUGGGCGAGCUUCACCUGCGCUUGAAAUACGACUUCGACAGAUCGGACCUGCAUGUGCACUUGAUCGAGGCGAAAGAUCUCGCUGGUAGCGACCAGGGCGGCUUCAACGAUCCCUACGUGAAGUUGACCCUCAGCCCGGAAGUGGACACCAGGAAGAGGCAGACGCAGAUCCACCGGAACAAUCCGAAUCCGAGUUUCAAUCAGCACUUCAAGUUCCCCGUUAGCUACGAAGAGCUGCAGGAGAAGACCUUGGUUUUGCAGGUGUUCGAUUACGAUCGUUUCUCGAGAAACGACGUGGUGGGCUCGCUGAGAAUGGCGAUGGACAGCCUCGAUCCAGUCUCUUCCACUUCCUGGACGGACGUCUGGGGAGAAAUAGCGAGGGAGCGCAAACCGCCGGAAGAAAUCCAAGAAAUUUUGGUCUCCUUGUCCUACUUACCAAGCGCCGAGAGGCUCACCGUGCUCAUGAUGAAAGCCAGAAAUCUGUUUCCUCAGCAGGACAAGGAGAGCUUAGAUCCGUUCGCGAAGGUUAGCCUCCUCUGCGGCGAGAGAAGAAUCAAGAAGAAAAAGAAGACAGCCGUUAGAAGGGCAACGAUGAAUCCCGUCUGGAACGAAGCGAUGUCAUUUAAUAUACCCGCUUCGUCGCUUGCAUCGUCGGCUAUAGAGGUGCGUGUACUGGAUUCGAGCAGCGAACUGAUGGGCGGAAACGCCGUGAUUGGAUCAUGCAUCAUCGGACCCGCGACAGGCGACAACAGUAAUAAUCAAGGACGAGAACAUUGGCUCCAAAUGACGCUGUCGCCGAGGAAGCAAAUCGCGGAAUGGCACACACUACAUUAGCUCGAUCAUCACGAUCGAGUUUCUGAUCGACGUUUCUGAUUUAACGCGGAGUACUUGGCGUUCUCGCUCGAAGAGCGAGGACGAAAUACAAUCCUAUCGUAAACGAAUAGGUGGACGACCAUAUAUACAUAACGAGACAUGUAGCGGUAUUACAUGUAAAAGCGAGAAAGAAUAUGUUCCCUAAAAGGAAAAGAAAAAGAAACAGGCGAAGAGAAGAUAAGGAGAAGCGUCCCACUGAGAAAAACUGUUCUCUCUCUUCUGCACUUUUAUAGGUAUAUCAAUGGUCAUUAAAAAGGACGUCCGUCCGGACGCAUAUCGUCCGGAAUGCCAAUGUGCGAGAGUAAAAGAAAAAAGAAAAAUAGAAAAAACAAAGAUACGGUCGUAUGUCGUGUGAAUAUUCUUCGUGUGCCCACGCAAGUAAACAGAACACAGAGCACUCACGUUUUCGUUUAUUGCACGGUACUUAACACUGCUCGUAACUCCGAAUGUAUAUUUCUUAAGUUUUUGGAUACUUGAAAGAUUUUAGAGAUGUAUUUUUGAGACGACUGACGCACACACCUGACGCAGCAAGCUCCACGAGCAUUAUCACGAGGGAAACGUGAUCUCAAUCUGCGGAGCAAAAGAAGAGACCGAUCUCGCGUUUCGCUUGAUACAGAUCAAUAAUUAAACGUACAAAGUAAUAUUUUAAGGCGAGACAGGUGCAUUCCAAGGAGACGGAUUACUGAGUAAAUUCUAAAUACGUUGAUCGAAUCUGUCACUUCAGGUGACGUGAACUAUUUUCUCUCAGGUUUAUAAGAUUGCCCCCUUAUUUCUCUUAUAAUUGUACAAUCUCUAUGAGAAACAGAGAGAAAAACCGAAGAGGAGAAAAGAAAAGAAAAAGGGGAAUAGGCAUGUUACUACAUGUGUCGUCGAACGCUUAAGUCCGUCUUUGUGUGACAAAUGUGGCCUGGAAGAGUUCAAAGUGUGCUAUGUAUAUAUAGCUUGCAAGUUAAUGGAAGGCCUAAUGUUACUCCCUGCGAACGAAUAUGCUAAUCGAGUAUUGACUGUUAUUUAUCGCCAUACUGUCGAGUGUAUAAUUUCAUACACUAAGAAAAAUCCGGAGCAUAAUGUGUGAAUGUAACGAAAUCGAGCAUCGAGGUACGUCGUCUUUGCUCGUUUAUCCGCUCUUGCACGAUCAUAACUUAUUUGUCGCGCAUUGAUCUUUGUCGAACACGAUUAAUGAUAUCUAACGAUAUAAAUAUUCAACGAUAUUUAUAUUUAGGGUAUAAUUCAGAGAUACUUCGACAUGCUAAUAAAAAAAAUAGCUCCAAAAUAUAACUAGUUCUUUCAAUACUUU